AUGGCGGCAACAGUGUCGUCUCCUUGGGCCAAACCCGGCGCCUGGGCCCUCGACGCCGAGGAGCACGAAGCCGAGCUCGAACAGCAGACCAAGAUCGAAACCCAGCCCUUAGCCGACUUCCCAUCUCUCUCCGCCGCCGCAGCGAAGCCGAAGAAGAAGAGCAAGGGCCAGAAGGUCAGCCUCGCCGAGUUCACCACCUUCGGCGGGCCCAAGCCGGUCCAGGCCGAGCCGGUGGGGUUGACCCACGAGGAUCGGCUGGUUCUGCCAACCGGCCCGCGCGAGCGGACAGCGGAGGAGCUCGACCGGAGCCGCGGGUUCAGGAGCUACGGCGGCGAUCGGGUCAACCGGGAGGAGUCGAAUUCGAAGUGGGGGAGUCAGAGGAGAGAGGGAGGAGGGUUUGGAGGGGAAAAGACGGAUAGGGACGCGCCGUCGAGGGCGGAUGAGGCCGACGAUUGGGGCGUCGGGAAGAAAUCGGUUGGGAAUGGGUUUGAGAGGAGGGAGAGAGCAGGGUUUGGGUUUGGGUCUCAGUCGAAGGCGGAUGAAUCUGACAGCUGGGUGUCGAACAAGAGCUCGUUUUCUUCGCUCCGAUCCGGCGGCGGCGGCGGGUUUGAGCGGGAGAGGAAGGUCGGGUUUGCGUCGAAUGGCGGUGGGGCUGAUUCGGAGAGCUGGGGGAGGAAGAGGGAGGAGAGUAAUGGUGGUUUCGAAAGGGAGAGGAAGGUAGGGUUAGAGUUCAAUUCAAACGGCGGCGGUGCCGAUGCGGAGAGUUGGGGAAGGAGGAGAGAGGAGAGUAAUGGUGGGACGGAGACUACAGGGAGGCCGAGGCUGAAUUUGCAGCCGAGGACACUGCCCGUUACUCUGCCGCCGCCUGUUGUGAGCGACGAGACCUCACCGGUGGCUGCCCCUGUGGCUCCGGAGAUUGUACCGAGGCCGAGGAGCACAAACCCGUUUGGGGCUGCGAGGCCGAGGGAGGAGGUGUUGGCAGAGAAAGGGCAGGAUUGGAAGAAGAUUGACGAGCAGCUUGAGUCUGUUAAGCUUAAGGAGAAGGAGGCUGUGGCAGCCGAAGGGGAGUCUUUUGGGAAGAGGAGUUUCGGGAUGGGGAGUGGGCGCUCUGGUGACCGCACCGAGGGAGCAUGGAGGAAACCUGUAGUGGCUGAGGCUGAGGGGGAGGCUCGUCCUCAGAGUGCUGGAAACGAUGAGAUUGAGAGUAGGAGCAGCAAUUCUGAGGAACUGGAGCCCGAGAAUGAGAGUGAGAAUGUCACUGAGAACUGAAGAGGAGCUUAGAAUUAUGAUGUUAGAGGAGACAAGUCCCAAGUUGCUUGAUCUGCUGAUUCCAUGAGGCUGUUUAUUUUUCACUCUUCUUUUUCUAUAUUUAUGCUCUGUCGCUAAUGCUAUACAUUCAACGUUAAAAACAGUUUUUUGGUAGGUUUUCAAGUAUACUAGUUUUGCCUAUAGGACUUUGUUUUGUUUGUUGUAUUGAGAUUGAGAAACACUGACUCUGAUAAUUAUUUUUGAUCGUUAAGUAAUGUGGAAUUGUGGUAUGUUCGAUGGAU